AUGUCUAUACCAGCAGGAUCUGAAGAGGUUCUGCUGGAUAACUCAUGGCGAAGGCUACCCGGAGGCUCCUAUCACGCUGCCUGGCAUAAAUUCUGGGGAAAGGAUCUCGACCUGACCGUUUUGCCGCCCUGGAAAGCGUGGGACAAUGCUCUUACCGGGCCGUCAGAGUCGAGUACUGCGGAGGGGUCACUCCACGAGUUAGCUCAGAUUGUUUUCGGCGACGAGACUCCUGUUGCUUUACCUCCCUGUACCUACCUCGACUCGCCAUGGGUCGAUAUUUUGCCUGCUACGAAGGGCCGCAUUAUGGUUGCCGAAGGGUAUAACCACAUCUAUGGACGCAUCAAAGACUUCCAUAAUGAUACUCGAUCUCCGGGCGUCAUCGUUGAGGGUCAAAGUGGCAUCGGUAAAACGUACCUAUCUCUUUAUCUGCUAGUGCUUCAUCUCAGCUCGGAGCGGCCGGUCCUUUAUUCGCCACAUGCUCGCCAUUAUGUGUUCUUUCAUGCGGGCGGCGUCCUGGAAAGCGACAAACUUGAACUCAGCUGGUUCAACAAUCGUAUUUUCCGCCAAGCAUUGCCCAAACGAACCUGGAUCAUUCUGGACGUGCGCGCUGACGAGAGCGAGCCCUUGCAUGCAGCCACAGCUGGACAUCUCUAUCCAGUCAUGCUCUGCCGACCAGAAGAGAAGUACUUCUACAGCUGGAAAAUGAAGAAAUUGCCGAGCAUGUUGUUACUGGACUUACCGUCUCCGGCAACUGUGCUCGCUGGUGCACUCAUCCAGGUGGGGAUGCGAAACCGAAAGGAACAUCUCGUCCGUCUCCUUUCUGUGAUACGCGACUUCGGACCCUGUAGUCGUUUAUGCUAUCUUGGGACAACCCGUCAUCUUGACCUCCACGCGUCUCUGCGAACGUAUGUGUCCGAGUUAUCACCCACUCGUAUGCAGCGGUUCCCCGUUCUUGCUGUGAGGGGCUACGACUUCCCAGAUCUCUUGCGCUCCGAUGACGGCCCGGAUAUCUUUGCCUUGCGACGUGAUUACCAUGACGUGUCGACGGAGGAGUUUAUCCCCGUCUUUGCGUCACGAUAUGUGAUGAGCGAGCUACAGCGCCAGUCCGCAUUCACUGAUCUAUACAAUCUCCGCGAGAUGGAGGUCGUACGUGAACCACCUGACGAUAUGGAGCAUAGUCGUCUAUGGCUCUUUGAAUACCUUUGCCACGCCCUCCUUUCUGAAGGAGGCAAACCUGACGCCACUUUCGCCAAACUGACUCCUUGUUUCGCCGAAAUAGGCGACAAACUUCUCCUCGAACAUGUCUUCCGCCCGCGCUCCAUACAUACUCUCGAGACGGAUCCUCCUCGAGGCGCCAGUCCGGAAGCCUACUUCGUAGUUCGUGAUCUCCGAGACGCGACUUUCCAUUCAAUAUCCUUCCUCACUCCUUACUCAAAGAGGGCGCUUCCUGUCGUCGGACCACAGACGGAUCGCGCGCUCACCCGAGGUCUGGCCAGACAACUCGCAUCCAGCACCCAGACGCAAGGAUCAGCGCCUACUCGAGUGACGAGAAGCACUAGGCGAGCAAGAGAGCCUAUCCCUGAGGCACUCGCCCGCCCGUCGAUCAGGCGCCCGCGACUGAAGGCGGAGAGACGCUUCGUUGUGGUCUAUCAGAUGCUGCUCGACCGCAGACCCACAUUAACAACGCUCGGUCUGGAGUAUUUGGACAGCAUCAGGAACACAGACUCCUACGCGCAAUACUUCUUCGUCUUCGUCACCAUACGAGGCCAGGGUUUAGAUCUAGACUCCUUCACGGAGGCUCUGAUCGCACGCUUCAAAUGGUAUCACCUGGAAGUGGACCUCGACUUUACAUAG